AUGACAGGAGCAGGCCUCAAGAAAAUCUUCGCCGGCGACCGGAGGAGUGAAGAAGCCACACCGCUUUCGUACCGGGAUGGUGCGCUCCGGGAGAUCCGCAACUGCAAGAAGAUUACCAAAUGGAUGGUGGCGAAUGUAAGUUUGGUUUCCCGUGAGCUGUUUGCGUUGGGUCGGGUCACGGAUAUCCCCUUCUCUUUCUCACCCGUCGCCCCUCAACCGGGUCUCGCUUCGCCGAGGUCCAUACAGAUCACUAAAACUGGAAUGUACAACCUUUACUUCAUUCACUGUGACCCUAAUCUCAAGGAUAUUUAUGUAGAGGGCAAAACCGUCUGGAAAAACCCAACAGUACGCGAGGUUCUGGAAAGAGGUUCUUCCUUUGCAGAACUGUAUUACGCUCGUGAUUACUUGGGUAUGUUUGAGAUGGCUUUUUGGUACUUUGACUAUGCCGAGUUCAAUGAGACUGGAGUGAGGCCGACAGGGACCACUCUAUGGGCUGUCACUUUUGGGAUAGUGAAACGUACUGUGUCGCGACUGAUUAUUCUCAUUGUGUCUAUGGGUUAUGGUGUGGUUCGGCCCACGUUGGGUGGUCUUACGUCCAAGGUUAUUUUGCUCGGUGGGACUUUCUUUGUAGCAUCUGAAAUUCUUGAGAUUAUAGAAAAUGUUGGCACGAUCAGUGAUCUCUCGGGGAAGGCAAGGCUGUUUUUUGCGCUUCCUGUGGCGAUUUUGGAUGCUUUUUUCAUCCUCUGGAUAUUUACUUCCCUCUCUUCGACUUUGAACAAGCUUCAGUCUGAAGCUGGAAUAGUUAGUUUUGAUAGAAACGGGAAAAUGAAAAUAUUUACAUGA